GCUGAUUGGACGCUUGUCUAAAACAGAUCUCUCAUUGGCUGAGGAUGACGCGGGCCGUUAAACGGUGAACUAAAGCUCAUGGCAAGCUUACAAACCACCCUCUGUCAGUCUGGCACAGCGUGAGUGAUAUCUCAGCCGGCUCAUGCUGUCAAAAUGUCAACAACUGAUGUGUCCCGUGCGCUCGACAUCCUCCGCUCACUGUAUCAGCACGUGCAGACACUGGAGCAGUUUGCGGACAGCAUCGUGUUCAAAGAGGGACAGAGAGCCGUGCUCGUUAAACAGUGCGACACAAACCGCUUCAUAUCCUUCGUCAGGGGUGUUUUUGUAUGCUUUGACAAGGAACUACAGCAAGUGCCAAGCUGCAACCAGAUCUGCACUCUGCCUGAACUGCUGGCCUUUGUUCUUAACAGUCUGAAAAGAAAAAGAAAGAGAAACGUCUUGGCACAUGGCUACAAUUUUCUGUCUGUCGCCCAGGAGGAGCGGGAUUCAGACCACUUCAAAUUCCAAGGAGAUGUGACUCAAAGCGCUGCAUACAUCCACGGCAGCGACCUGUGGAAGAAAGUUGCAGUGCGUCUCGGUACAGACAUCACACGGUACCUGUUGGAGAGCUGCUCUGUGUUUGUGGCAGUCCCUCCUUCCUGUGUUUUCCAGGUGUGCGGCGUUCCGGUUUAUGACAGGGUGUCAAUGACUACUGGCCUACCUGGGUUAUAUCUCCAGGCUCAGUCCAGGACAAAAAACAGUGCUCAGUUUGGAAAGUAUCGACGAGCAGUGGCCUUGAAGAGAAGACAGAAAGUUGAGAAUCCUACUAUCAGCAAGAGGAGGAUGAGAAUGGAUGUAGGAGUGAAGAAAGGGAAAAGAAAGAGAGAAACAGAUCAGAAGGAUGAGACGGAGAUUAUGACUUGUUCAGGAAAGAGGAGACAGGUAGGACUGCAACCCACACAGGAAAUCCAACAGGUUUGUGAUGAAGCAGUGGAGCAAGUUCAGCCCCUGCCUCUGGAACCAACUCCCUGCAUGAAACCUUUGGAAAAUGGUGCUUCUGGUUCCAAACAGCCUGCUGAAAUCCAAACAACCAUACUUCCCCUGGAGGGAAGACCUAGUUGGAGAUCAGGGAUUUUCCCCCCUUUGCCUUCCUCGCAGUGUUUUAUCCGAACCCUGGGAUUCCUGUAUGGAGGAAGGGGCAUGAAGGGCUUCAUUCUUAAUAGGAAGAAGAAGAGCACCGAUGGAUGCAGAAGGCUACAAGGGCAAGAUUUAGUGCGAACAGUCUUCUUUGAGGGACUGGCAUAUCUAAAUGGGCUAGAGAGAAAGCCCAAGAAACUCCCCCGACGCUUUUUUAACAUGGUCCCCCUUUUCAGUCAGCUAUUGCGUCAACACAGGAGAUGUCCCUACAGCAGAAUACUGCAGAGGAUGUGCCCAGUGGUGGAGGAGAGAGAUGAAGGACAAGGAGAAUUAAGCUCCGUCUUGCCUCAACACUGUGCACCUCACCGGGUCUACCUUUUCGUCAAGGAAUGCCUCUCAGUUGUGAUCCCUCAGGAGCUGUGGGGCUCCGACCACAACCGACUUAAUUUUUUCGUCAGGGUCAGGGGCUUAUUGCAAAGUGGCAAGUUUGAGAAACUCUCACUGGCUGAACUGAUGUGGAAGAUGAAGGUGAAUGAUUGUGAUUGGUUGAAGAUUAGUAAAACAGGCAGGGUCCCACCCAGUGAGCUCUCAUACCGGACACAGAUCCUGGGUCAGUUCCUGGCUUGGCUUUUAGACGGCUACGUUGUGGGCCUGGUACGAGCCUGUUUUUACGUCACUGAGAGCGUGGGCCAGAAAAACGCCCUCAGGUUCUAUAGACAGGAAGUCUGGGCGAAAUUGCAAGACUUGGCCUUCAGAGGUCAUCUCUCCAAGGGUCAGAUGGAGGAGUUGACUCCUGCUCAGGUGGCGUCCCUCCCCAAAUCCACCGUCAUCUCUCGCCUUCGCUUCAUUCCCAAGACUGAUGGCAUGAGGCCUAUCACACGAGUCAUAGGAGCAGAUGCCAAGACGAGGUUCUACCGAAAGCGUGUUCAGGACUUGCUGGAUAUACUGCUUGCCUGUGUGCGCGCCACUCCAUCCCUCCUGGGCUCCACGGUAUGGGGAAUGACAGAUAUCCACAAAGUGAUGCGGUCUAUAGCUCCUGGCCAGAAGGACACGCCGCAACCCCUCUACUUUGUUAAGGUGGAUGUGAGUGGAGCCUAUGAGAGUCUGCCUCACGACAAACUCAUUGAGGUGAUUGAUCAGGCUCUGACACCUGUCCUGGACGAACUCUUUACCAUCCGCUGCUAUGCCAAGAUCUGGGCUGACUCCCACGAAGGCCUGAAGAAGGCCUUUGUUAGACAGGCAGAUUUCCUGGAGGAUAACAUGGGAUCCUCAAACAUGAAAGGAUUUGGGAUGGCACUGCAGAAAAGAGGAAAAGUUCAUCACACUAUAUUAGUAGAGCAGCAUUUCUGCUCAGAUCUUCGUGGCAGAGAGGCAUUAGAGUUCUUCACCCAAAUGCUAACUGGCAGUGUUGUUCAGUUUGGGAAGAAGACAUACCGUCAGUGCCGUGGGAUUCCUCAGGGUUCGGUUGUGUCCAGUCUGCUCUGCUGUCUCUGCUACGGCCACAUGGAGAACGUCCUGUUCAAAGACAUUACUGGAAAGAAAGGAUGUUUGAUAAGACUGGUCGAUGACUUCCUUCUGAUCACACCAGACUUGCAUGAUGCACAAACCUUUCUCAAGAUCCUGCUGGCAGGUGUUCCACAGUAUGGCCUGGUGGUCAAUCCGCAGAAGGUGGUGGUCAACUUUGAGGUAUCAGGAGACGAGAGUUCUUAUCCUGACAUCCGUGUGCUGCCUCCUCGCUGCCUCUUCCCCUGGUGUGGACUGCUGCUGGACACGCACUCACUGGAUGUCUACAAAGACUACUCCAGCUAUGCAGGCCUGUCUUUGCGCUACAGCCUUACUUUGGGCUCUUUCCACUCAGCUGGACAGCAAAUGAAGAGGAAGCUCAUGUCCAUCCUAAGACUCAAGUGCCAUCCCUUGUUUCUGGAUCUGAAGACCAACUCUCUUGAGGCUGUCUACAAGAACAUCUACAAGCUGGUGCUGCUUCAUGCACGCAGGUUCCAUGUGUGUGCUCAGAGUUUGCCCUUUGGUCAGACCAUUGCCAAGAACCCUAUGUUCUUCCUGCAGAUGAUAUGGGACAUGUCAGAGUACGCCAGUCACCUCAUCAGGCUCAGCAACAAAGGAUUGAUAUUAGGCAGUAAGGCCCAGACCGGCAUUGUGCAGUAUGAAGCGGUGGCCCUGCUUUUCUGUCUUUCCUUCUUGAGAGUGCUGUCACAACACCGUCCCCUCUAUAAGGAUCUGCUCCCACACCUGCAGAAACGAAAACGCAGUCUAGAGCGGCGUCUUGGGGAUCUGAGGCUGUUGAGAGUCCGACAGGCCACCAACCUCAGGACACCAGUGGACUUCUUGGCCAUCCAAACAUAGACUACCUCUAAGGUAGUCUAUGUCUAUCAAAUAUCCAUUAAAAACCCUUUUUUGUUUCCUUCUCUCAUCCUCAAGUUUUGCAGCCGUGAGACGGGCAGUGUGUUAAAAUCAGUCAUUUGAUUUAUCUGAUCUGUCACUGUGCCAAAGUAAGUCAUGACAGUUAAACAUUGUCUGGAAAGCUAACUGCUGGUAAAAAGAGGUAAAAACAGUUCUUAGUCAUUGGAUAUAAAACAGUCAGGUGAUGAAUCUCACUCAUAAAUGUACCCUAUAAAAAAACAGUUACCAGUUAGUAUAAACACGCAAAGGCUGAUUGAAAACUGCCCAGCUAUCAGAUGCGCCCAUGUCAUCCCACAGUUGUUUGUCUCUCUGGACUUUGAUUUAUGCUUGUGGUAAUUUUCCACAAAGAAGACACAUCAUCACAUGGAAAAAUAAUUCCUAUGUAAGCAAGUUACAAGAUAUCCAUUCAUCAUCCAUCACAAGGAACAUCAAAAGGAGGUUUAAAGGAAAAAUUCACCCAGACAGGAAUAUUCAGUCAUUGUUUACUCACCCCAUGCAUAUACAGAGUAGAGUGUCUUCACAUCGUCAUUCUCCUAAACGACUGAAGCAGCGUAUGUACCCCCUUUUUUUUUUUGUUCGUUUUUUUUUUGGGCGGGGGGGGUUUCAACAUUUUGAAAUUUUGAAACUGAAUUUCUGUCUUUUGGUGAACUUAUGCAAUUUUGUGUCACUUUGAAUGAGUGUAAGACUUUAUGUUCAGAUGUAAGGCUUGGUUAAUUUUCAACCAGCGUGCUAUUUGUCACAUAAUAAUGUGUUAAAUGUUAAAUGUGUUGAAUGUUAUUUACCGGUAUGUCUGUAAAUAUAUAUGUACACUACACAGCAAUGUACAAAGGAAAGAAUUCACAAUUGAAUAAAUACAGUUUUGUUAUUGAGGAAA